AUGCCCAAAAAACACAUCGUCUUCGACGUCGUCGGCACCUGCGUCUCCUUCGACGCCUACUUCUCCGCCAUCGCCUCCGCCAUCGGCCCCAAACUCCACCCCCACAGCAUCACCCCGCAGCACUUCGGCUACACCUGGAUGACAGCCUCCGAGCUCGAAUUCACCUUCCUCUCAAUCUCCGACUCCUACCGCCCCUACAAGGACGUCAUGAGCGUGCUCUUCUACCGCACCCUCUGCAUGGCCGGCGUCCCGGACCCGCGCUCCGUCUUCACAGACGAGGACCGCGACGCCUGCAUACGCGGCUACGCGUCCCUGCGGCUCCGUCCCGAGCUUCCGGGGGCGUUUGAGAGGUUGCGCGCCGCGGGGUUCGAGAUCUGGUGCUUGACGACGGGGGAUGUCGCCCGUGUACGGGGUUACUUUACCAGUGCGGGGGUGGAGAUGCCGCUGGACCGGGUCCUGAGCUGUGAUGGGUCGCGGGUUGCGAAGCCGGCGCUUGCGGCGUAUUGGCCUGUGCUGGAGAGAUUUGGGGAGGGGGAGGAGAGGUGGUUUGCGGCGGCGCAUCUGUGGGAUGUGUCGGCGGCUGUGAGGGCGGGGUUUCGAGGGGCGUAUUGUGGUGUCUAUGAGGGGGAGGGGUGUUGGGAGGUUUUUGAGAGGGAGAAGCUGGACGUCGUGGCCCGAGGGUUGGUGGAGAUGGCGGAGGGGGUUAUUGCUUUGUCUGGGUGA